AUGGCUCCUUUCAUACUCAAUCCUUAUGUGCUCUCUCCCAAUGUCAUCAAUCCAUACGUACUUUCACCACUAAUACUCAGUCCACUUGUUUUAUGUCCUGAUGUGAUAUCACCAAUGGUACUGGGUGGUUCUAUACUUUCACCUGGUGUGCUAUCACCUUCGGUGCUUUCGAAAAGUUUCUUGAUGGUUUCCGUUCUUUCACCCUCAGUCUUAUCAUAA